CGUGGGGCCCGACCCUGGCGCUUCCCCGGCUCCACCUGCCCUACCCACGCCCCAGAGCAGCCCGCACCUGUGCUUGGCGCUUUCUGCAGCGGCCCUCAGGCCCUCGCGUCCCACCUCCGCCCUUCCGAACCCCACCCUGCCUCUGAUCAUUUCCCAGUGCAGAGCCCGAGCAGGACCCAGAGACUGCCUUGCCUUUCUGCUCCCCUAGCCCCCUCCUCCGCCUGCUAUAAAUAUCUGGGACUAGCGGGUCAGGAACGUCACACGGCGAGAAACCAGGACCCUGAGGAGGAAAUCUACUUGGUCCCCGGCAGCCGCGGCUGCCCCUUUGAUGUUUUGGUACGUCGCGCGCAUGCGCCUCACAUUAGAAUUACUGCACUGGGCAGACUAAGUUGGAUCACCUCUCUUCAGUGAAACCCGAACCCCAUCAAAAACUAAAGGGAUGUGGAGAGUCCGGAAGAGGGGCUACUUUGGGAUUUGGUCAUUUCCCUUGAUCAUCGCCGCUGUCUGUGCGCAAAGUGUCAAUGACCCUAGUAAUAUGUCGCUGGUGAAAGAGACGGUGGAUAGACUGCUGAAAGGCUAUGACAUUCGUCUGAGACCAGAUUUUGGAGGUCCCCCUGUGGCUGUGGGAAUGAACAUUGACAUCGCCAGCAUCGAUAUGGUUUCUGAAGUAAAUAUGGAUUAUACCUUGACCAUGUACUUCCAACAAGCCUGGAGAGAUAAGAGGCUGUCCUAUAAUGUAAUACCUUUAAACUUGACUUUGGACAACAGAGUGGCCGACCAGCUCUGGGUGCCUGAUACCUACUUCCUGAAUGAUAAGAAGUCAUUUGUGCAUGGAGUGACUGUCAAAAACCGCAUGAUCCGCCUGCAUCCAGAUGGCACCGUCCUUUAUGGCCUCAGAAUCACAACCACAGCUGCCUGCAUGAUGGACCUACGGCGGUACCCACUGGAUGAACAAAACUGCACAUUAGAAAUCGAAAGCUAUGGAUAUACAACUGAUGACAUUGAGUUUUACUGGCGUGGGGAUGACAAUGCAGUGACAGGAGUGACAAAGAUUGAGCUUCCACAGUUCUCCAUUGUGGAUUACAAACUUAUCACCAAGAAGGUCGUUUUCUCUACAGGUUCCUAUCCCAGAUUGUCCCUCAGCUUUAAGCUUAAGAGGAACAUUGGCUACUUCAUCCUGCAAACAUACAUGCCCUCCAUCCUGAUUACUAUCCUCUCCUGGGUCUCCUUCUGGAUUAAUUAUGAUGCUUCAGCUGCAAGAGUGGCAUUAGGAAUCACAACGGUCCUUACCAUGACCACAAUCAACACCCACCUUAGAGAAACUCUCCCUAAAAUCCCCUAUGUGAAGGCCAUUGACAUGUACCUAAUGGGGUGCUUUGUCUUCGUUUUCAUGGCACUUCUGGAGUAUGCUUUGGUCAAUUACAUCUUCUUUGGGAGGGGACCCCAACGCCAAAAGAAAGCAGCUGAGAAGGCUGCCAGUGCCAACAGUGAGAAGAUGCGUCUGGAUAUCAACAAGAUUUUUUAUAAAGAUAUUAAACAAAAUGGGACCCAAUAUCGAUCCUUGUGGGACCCUACUGGAAACCUCUCCCCAACUAGACGGACUACCAAUUACGAUUUCUCUCUGUAUACGAUGGACCCCCAUGAGAAUAUUUUACUGAGCACUCUAGAGAUCAAAAAUGAGAUGGCCACAUCGGAGGCUGUGAUGGGACUCGGAGACCCUAGGAGCACAAUGCUGGCUUAUGAUGCCUCCAGCAUCCAGUAUCGGAAAGCUGGGCUGCCCAGGCAUAGUUUUGGCCGAAAUGCUCUGGAACGACAUGUGGCACAAAAGAAAAGUCGCCUGCGGAGACGCGCCUCCCAGCUGAAAAUCACCAUCCCCGAUUUGACUGAUGUGAAUGCCAUCGAUCGGUGGUCCCGCAUAUUCUUCCCAGUGGUUUUUUCCUUCUUCAACAUCGUCUACUGGCUUUACUAUGUAAACUAAAAUAUGGCCUCCCAUGGGAAGCAAGGACUAGAUUCCUCCUCAAAACAGUUGUACAGCCUGAUGUAGGACUUGGAAUAACACAUCAAUCCGGGACAAAAGUGAUGCUAAAAUACCUUAGUUGCUGGCCUAACCUGUGGUCCAUUUCAUACCAUUUGGGUUGCUUCUGCUAAGUAAUGACUACACUAAGGUCCUUGUGGUUUUCCAGUUAAAAUGCAAGUGAUCUGUACACUUGUGGGAAAAACUGAAGCUGAGUGUUCCACUUUAUCCGCUUAACACAUAGCCUACUCAGAGGGGAAUAUCUAGAUGAUAUUCUGAGACAGCUGAAGAGCAUCGUCAGUCAUUUCCUUGGCAUGGUCAUGUUCAGAUACUUUGCACCUCAUUCCUAAGGUUGACAAGCUGUGGAGAGAGCACUGUGCCUAUGAAACAUUAUGUGUAGUAUCGUUUGAGCAGUUAUCUCCAAGAUGGUCUGUGCUGGUCUUCUUGCGACAAUAAUGGUGUCAUGGGAAAAUAACUCCCACUGGAAUAGUAAUUUCUCUCUCAUGAAAGUGGAACAGUAUCAGGGUGGGGAUCUGGAACAGGGGACAAGGCAGAGAUUCAGGAAACCAACUAGGCCUAUCUCUUGCUGACGUGAGCACAAGGAA